CUCUUCAUUUUGUAGAUUUCUCUAUGAAGAAUCAGGAAACUCGCUACCCCUUUGGAGACAAAGAAACUUACAAACAACGAUAUACUUCAGCUGCAGAAAGAAGUAAAUAUUCUAUAUUUGAUAUGCUUUCCAAAUACUUACCUGAAGAGGGUACUGCAUUGGAGAUUGCCAGUGGUCUUGGACAGCACAUAACGUACUUUGCAGAGAAACUUCCCCGAUGGAAAUUUGUGCCUACAGAUGUUGAUAAAGAGAAUUUGGAGCAACUCCAGCAGCGGGUUGCUCUUAUAUCCAAUAUAGAUGAACCUAUUUGGUUAGAUGCGACACAAGAAGAUUGGAGUGUCGUAGAGAAAAAGGCUCCGUUCGAUCUUAUGAUUGCCAUAAACUGCAUUCACGUAUCUCCUAAAGCACUGCACUUGCAACUAUUUCAAAAGUCCAAAGAUUUGUUGAAUCCAGGUGGUUUUUUAUUCAUCUAUGCAGCUUGCAAAGUGGAUGGCCAAUAUGCCAACGAAUCCAAUAAGAAUUUUGAUGAGAUGCUUCAGUCCACUCAUCCAGAGUAUGGUUUGCGUGACGUUAAGGAUUUGCAACGUUUGGCACGAGAAAAUCAGUUGGAAUGUGUGACAGUUUCGGAAAUGCCAGCAUCCAAUACCGCUUUGUUAUUCAGAAAGCAGUAAAUUCACCAUUAAUCAACCAUAUGUUUAUUUUUCCUUAGAAAAUGAUAUAAAGAUAACAACUAGAAACAUUGAAUAUUCUCUGGUU